UUGGCCCGUGAGUGGUGUCCGGAGGGGUGCGCCGCGUGUCUGGCAGCAGUGGGCGUGUCUCAUCAGCUGGCCCUGAGUGUUAUUGUCACGUCACAGUCUCGCCGCGCCUCCGCCAUGUCCUACGCCUAUUUAUUCAAGUACAUCAUCAUCGGAGACACUGGUGUGGGGAAGUCAUGUCUCCUGCUACAGUUCACGGACAAGAGGUUCCAGCCAGUGCACGACCUCACCAUCGGGGUGGAGUUUGGUGCCCGCAUGAUCACCAUUGACAACAAGCAGAUCAAGCUUCAGAUUUGGGACACAGCUGGCCAAGAGGCAUUCAGGUCCAUCACAAGGUCAUACUACCGUGGAGCAGCCGGCGCCCUUCUGGUCUAUGACAUCACCAGGCGGGAAACCUUCAACCACCUCACGCAGUGGCUAGAAGAUGCUCGCCAGCACUCCAACUCCAACAUGGUCAUCAUGCUGAUUGGAAACAAGAGUGAUCUUGACUCACGGCGAGAGGUAAAGCGAGAAGAGGGCGAAGCCUUUGCGCGGGAGCACGGGCUGGUGUUCAUGGAGACCUCCGCCAAGACCGCCGCCAACGUAGAGGAAGCUUUCAUCAACACUGCCAGGGAAAUCUACGAGAAGAUCCAGGAGGGGGUGUUUGACGUCCACAAUGAGGCUAACGGCAUCAAGAUUGGGCCCCAGCACUCCCCCGGAGGAGCCGGCCUCACCAACAACCAGGGAGCCGCUGGCGGUCAAGGUGGCGGCUGCUGUUAAUCCCCGACCAAUCCCUACAACUCAGAGGUGGAAGGUGUGGCUGGCCAGAUGGGUGAAGGGGUGGACAGGUGGCUUGCUGUGCUCAGUGGUCUGGGGCUGUCCCACUAUGUGGAAAGGAUUGCAGAGGCUGCCCUGCUCCACCCUGCCACCCAGCUCCCUUGGCAACUAAUCAAUCUGACGGGCGCGCUGAGCGGGCCUCAUGAAGGCACUGAGGGCGGGUGAGGGCAGGGUGCAGGGACUUCAGGUCUGUUGCAACAGCUCAAAAUUUUUGCUGUAGGGAUGUGGUGGAAUUUAUAUAUUUUGUUGGAAGUUUUCAUGAAGCUGAGUUGCUGUUAAAACUAUAGGGAGUGUGUGUAGCAGUGUGUAUAUUGAUGUAUAUUUUGAUUGAAAUGUUUGUUUAUUUCAUAUUGAUUUUCCAUUAAUGUAUGCAGAUACAUAUUUUAGCAUUACAUUAUUUAAUAUUAGAUUUUAGAUCUGCUGAUGCUUAGGAAACUGCAUAUAGAAGAUUAUAAUUUAACUUUAGACCACUGUCCCCUCCCAACACAGCCCAGGAGGCAAUGCUGUCCACACCCGGCUGCCUGGCUGCUUGUGUAUAAUCACUAUCACCCUUAUACAGAACAAGGUCCUCAAAAUGGGAGCAAAAUUAUUCUUGACAUACUUUUUAUACAUCCAGUUUAAGUGAAAGAAACGUUGGUUCUUCCACAUGCCUCAUUCUGCUUCCCCCAGCAUUUUCCUCUUUUUGACAUUACAGCAAUUAGCUAGUGUCUAGACACUCUCCUUAGUGUGCUGAGGUUCCCACAGUAGUGACUCCUGCAUGUGUGGCUCAGCAGCUUGUUGACUCGUGCCCCUCAUAGUUUUCACACACUGGCUGGGCGACUCUCGGCUCACACUCACAUGGCACAACCUUGACAGUGCUGAUGAAAGGAAGUAGCAUGUGUUCUGUUACGUUGGAUAAGCUUUUAAAGGAUUGUGUUGUGUGAAAACUCUGAAUAUUGUUCUUUCAUGAGUGAGUUCCACCUUGGUAAAGACUGAUUGUCUGGUGUGUGUGUGUGUGUGUGUGUGUGUGUGUGUGUCCAUGCACUGAUAUGAUAAUCAUGGUAGUCUUCACCAGCUGCCAGCUGAUCCACAGAGCUGAGUGUUGAUAAAUGGACAGCCUAGCAUGAGAUCACCCAAGAUUCACAGUUUAUCAUCAUCUUCCACCCGACAGUGUAUCAAUGUUGAAUUAUUGAGUUAUUUUGCAGCAUGCUCUAAGCUGAAGAGGCAUUGAAAAUAGAUAUUAUGUUGGUUCAGUGCGGAAUCCUUGACCUUGUGAUCACGGUCUCGGUUCAACUGUAACCAUUCCACUGCUCAACCCAACAACAGUGGCUGGCUGUGGUCUGUACUUAGUAGGACUUCACACACACCUUGGAUGUGCUUUGGUACCAUUCUAACUUAGCUCCACAGUUCAUUAAGUAUUCCACAGCCUAUUACUUUUGUAGGUAAUCCGAUACUAUAAGAAUGUGGUGUUGGCAGGGAAGUGUUUUGACAGGGCUUGUGAGGGUUUUUGCAGAGUGAAUAAGUGUGUGUUAGUGGGUAUGAAUGGUUGCACUCACUUCACUUCCUGGGCUAUUACUACUGGCUAUUAAUUUAGGUCAUAAACUGAAACGUUUUUAGUGCACACUUGGCAUCACCUGGGCUUAACUAAAGCAUCGUCUGGUAACUACACCUAACUGCUUGUAAUAUCACAGAGGAGCUGACAGACUAAAGUAGGGAUAUCUGUUCUGAAAGUUGCACCAGGUUUGUGAUAGUUGCCAGGUGCUCUUCGUGAAGCCCAAUGUUUAUUUAAAUUUUUGUAUCCAGCUGUACACAAUGCUUAAAGAAGUAUCAGUAAUUUUCCUCUCAACGGCCAGUAAUAAUGGGUUAUAUCACCUUGUUUUUCCCGCUUUUGGUGGUAUCAGACAUUCCCAGGGCCAGCACCCAUCUUGCUUUUCCUUCUGCAUUGGUUUUCUUGUUUUUGGAGAUGAGCUCUAUUAGGUUGGAGCUAAUUUUUAUUUUUUUUAUACUACAGAUGGAUUUAUAGAAGCCAUAAUAAUGUUUUCUGUGUUGUUCUCUCACUCUGAAUGAUAAUAUUGGCAUUUCAUUGAACUGCGUAUAUAUAUUUAAGUCUUUGAACAAAGUGUGUGAAUGUGGUGGGUUUUUGCUAUCCUUAUGAAAUUAUAACAAGUACGUAGGUUGGGCCUUUUGUAAUUAACUCCCCUUUGCCUAACCUCUCUUUGAACCUGUAAACACCAAAGACAACCAUAGAUGCAGUUUUUACGUGGUAGAUGAGAGAUGUUAGAUCUGCAGAUAGUCUUGAUGGCCUUCAAUGGAAUAUCUUAUCAAACAUUAUACUACAUUUACCAUAGUAUACAGAAAAAUAUGUAAUGGAUAUAUUGAUCAUAUCUAUGUAGGAGGCUUAUAUAUUUUCUCACCACAGCCCUUGAGGACCAGCAAGAGACUGAUGUUUGAGUGUGAUGGUAUGACAUUCAUGACUCCUCGCAAUAGACUCGUCCUGCGUUAAGCUUGACACACACACAGUGGCAGGGAGACAGGCAGCACUCUUCAGUAACUGGUGGAUGUAGGGUGUGGCGUGACAUCAGCUCCCAUAGAUUAGAUGUAAGAGGAGACUUGCGGAAAUCAGGAGUGUUACAAAAGACUGACUGUUUUGUUUCUGGUACUUUGUGAAGAGGUUGGUCAUUGUAGCAUACAGUGAGAAAUCAAUUUUUUUUUUUCAGAUUAGAGAAAAGGGGAGUUAUGAGAUCAUGUAUUUUAUUCCUAUUUUUUUGUGAAGAGGUUGGUCAUUGUGGUGUGUAGUGAUAACCAUUUUUCCCCAGAUAAAAGAGAAAUUAGGAGUGUUACAAAAUACAUUAUUUUAUUCAUGGUACUUUGACUUGAGGUUGGUCAUUGUAGUGUAUAGUGAGGAAGCAGUUUUGCCAGAUCAUAUGAAAGGGAAAUCAAGAGUGUUACGGAAGACGUUAUUUUACACACGGUACUUUGUGAAGAGGUUGGUCAUUGUGACGUAAGUGAGGAAGCAGUUUUCCCGGAUUGGAGGAAAGAGAAGGCUUGCCAAAACCAAGAGUGUUCCUGAAGACAUCCAUGGCACUUUGUUGAGAGGUGGUCAUUUUACAAGUCGGACAGUGUAGCAUCGCCAGAGUUCUGGAUGUAUGUGAUGCAAGCCACACACUGUAACCAGCUUUUAGCAGGACAGUCUCAGAGAGAAGCCUCACACUUGCCCUUCCUUGAUCUGGUAUCACAGUCGGCUGCAGUUGUGUAUGAAUUUAUGUUAUUAAAAUGUCUAUGAAAUUACA